AAGCAUGCUGAUUCUGUCGUCUGUCAGCAAAUUUGGAUUUUAGAGGUUAUGAUGAGUGCAAACUGAGAUUUUAGAUUGUACUUGUAAAAAAGCGUACGGUGCCUAUACUUUAUUAUAGUCUAAUGAUUUAUGUUUUAAGUGGCUUGUCAGUUAUGUUAAUGUUUCUUAAAACUUUCCUAAGCAUUGGUUUGUCAUAAUUUUGCUUUAAAAUGGCAAAAGCUCUGUCAAGGACGUUAUUCAUCCUGCAGAGGGUAAGAUAUGUUUGUGACACUGGUAAAUUAUUAAGGACAGGCAGAGGAUUUGCACAAUGCCGCUAUUUCUCAAACUACAGUCUACCAGAUACAAUGAAAGCAAUCAUCAUUCAAGAUUUUGGCAACGAAGAGGUCUUAAAUAUAUCCACAGUCCCCAGGAAAACUAACACGCCUGAAGAGAUUUUGAUUCGUGUUGAGGCUGCUGGCAUAAACCCAGUUGACACAUAUUUGAGGGAAGGAUUUUUCGCUCAACUACCUCCACUGCCAUUGAUUUUGGGAAAAGAAGCUGCUGGAACUGUUGCCGCAAUAGGAUCAAAUGUAAAAUACAAUCCCUACAAUUUGAAAGUUGGAGAUCGAGUCUAUUGUAUGCUGCCAAAUAAUGGAGGCUACGCCCAAUAUGUAGCCAGUACACCGGAGAAUGUAGUUCCACUGCCAGAUAAACUGACAUAUUGUCAAGGUGCUUCUCUAUAUGUCACAUACUACACUGCCUAUAGAGCUCUAAUUCUCAGAGCGAAAAUGAAGAAAAAUGAAAGUGUAUUGAUUCACGGUGCUAGUGGUGGAGUUGGGACGGCAGCUAUUCAGAUGGCCAAACAUUAUGGUGCAUUUGUGGCAGCAACCGCUGGAUCAGAUGCCGGUCUAGAGUUAUGCAGGAGUCUAGGUGCCGAUUAUACAAUAAACCAUAGGCAGCCCGAUCAUUUACUAGUUGCUAAACGAGAACUUGGAGAUCGAGGAUUUGAUCUGAUAUUCGAAAAUGUGGCCCAUGUGUUCCUGGGCGAUGAUGGUCAUGUACUUGCACCUGAGGGAAGAAUUGCUAUAGUUGGCUGUAAAGGUUCUAUUGAAGUGGCUCCCAGGACAUUGAUGGUCACUGAAGGUUCCAUGAUCGGAGUUUCUCUAUUUCUAAUGACCCCCGAAAAUAUGGUCGAGUGCACAAAAGCCAUCUUACAAGGAAUCGAAGAUGGUUGGGUGAAGCCUGUCAUUGCAAAGGAGUACACGUUCCAUGAAGCUCGUCAAGCCCACCAUGACAUGCAAAAGAAAUCAGCGAGCAGAGGCAAAUUAGUUUUCAAAGUUGAACAAGAAAGCAGUUGACAGACUUUAAGACCGAUUUUUUUUAGGAUCUGUAAUUUUUAUGAAAGAUGGGUUCAUUUUCACCAAGUACAAUAUCUGCAUAACGUACAAAUGAAUAAUGGAUAAUAUUGAUUUCAUUAUCCAAAUAUUCCUGAGCUUCUUUAUCCAGGUCCAGGAAUCUCAUCUUGGCUGAAAAAUAAGAAUGAUUUCAAAACAUGUGUAUCUUGUUGCACUUUAGUUAGGCUGUUAUCACUUUCUGUAAAUGUAAGGAAAUACGUCAGCCUAGCUCUGCUGUUUCUUAUUACGUGAAUAAAUGUGAAAAUCAA